AUUGCAUUACAUAUUUCUUAUGAUCAAAUGGUAAUUGCUACAUUUGUCAUAUUCGUUAUUAUAUGCUAAGCUUUUGGAGAAUUCAGCGAAAGGAGAUCAAGAUUGUGUUUUGUUGUUGGAUUCAUUUGCGGUCGAGAUCGUAUUGCGAUACAUCUGGCAAAUGCAUUACUGAUAGCUAAUAAAAAUCUAUCAACUAUCGACUCGUCACGUCCAACAACAAAACACAAUCUUGAUCUCCUUUCGCUGAAUUCUCCAAAAGCUUAGCAUAUAAUAACGAAUAUGACAAAUGUAGCAAUUACCAUUUGAUCAUAAGAAAUAUGUAAUGCAAUAAUUCGAUCGCAUAGAAACACAAUUCGAAGUCCUAAAACUUUUGACAACUCAACAUCCCAAUCACUUUUUCGUUUCACAACAAAACACUUUCAUACCGAACUGUUAAAUGAGAAAAGCGGGCAUUGGUAAUAAAUAAAUAAUCUGAGCGUGACUUCAUUCUAAUAAUCGAUUUUCCUACACAACAACAGUAUCGAUAGGUAUUCAAAGACCGUUUAUGCAUUUCGGUAUUUGUUCCUUCACAUAAGGUACCUAUGGAGACACUAGCCAAAUUUACGAGGAAAAAUUAGACGAAUUCUGCAUUAAAUUCUCUACGAACACAAACACUUACGGAUUUGUGGUCUAUUUGCUUGAGAUAUUUUCAAGCAAGGUUAAUAUCAUUAUGGUUUGAUCGAUACGCGAGAUGCACUACGCUAUUAUCAGUUACUAGUCUAUUUAUUCGAAAUUCACCAUAUACUAAAAUGUUUAGAAAACUGACAAAGGUCGCCUGUACUUGUACUGUACGUGCGACACAUCCCUUACAUUAGUUACAGAUAUUUAUGUAAAAGAUUAGCGUCAGGAUUAUUUGUGAGGGUGAGAUCGAAUCACUGACACGAAACAAAAACGAGAUUUUAUAUUACUGGCGGGUGCCAAUGUUAAAUGAUAAUUUACGAGAGAGCUUUCCGAAAGUUUUCGUUUGAAGAAAACCUUUUUAACACAGUGCUUUGCUUUCUGUGAAGUGAACUGGCAAAUCACAUUAGAUCAGUGUAGACUUCUGAUAUGUGCAGCGGGAUUUCUACACCUGAUUAUGAGUAAAGUUCUGCUUAAUGGCACUCUACCAAAUAUAAACAUUGUUCAUUUUCGAGUGCUUGCUAUUUAUGCGAUUGAACACCAGCGAAACGUUUGAUAAUGGAGUGAAGGAAAAUUAACUAGGCAUUUAGUCGAUUAUAGGAAAAAGGUUCAUCUCAAAGAAACUUGAAACGAUACUCAAACAGAUUUAAAUGCAGAUAUGAUAUCAGUCACAAUCGAAAGAUUAGGAAAGGUGAUUGGAUUUACGAAACUCCUACUUGAUUAAUGACUACGCACGAAUUUAUCGGAUUUUAAGAAAAAUGAAGAGGGAAGACAAAUUAAACGAAAACUAAUGAUCGUAAGGAGGAAUCUCUAAUGAAAGCAAGAUAGAUGGAAAAGACAAUUGUGAUAGGUAAUACUGGACAACUAUACCGACUCAUCAAGAAAACGGCUUAUAAAAAAUCAAUAGUUAGUGAGAUUGAAGAAGAUAGAACCAUGAUCUACUCUCAGUUCAAGAGAUUAUAACGAUGAACAGAACACUAACAAUCAGUUCAACGGAACUCCAGUUACCCAUUAUUUCCAAGCAACCAGAAUGGGGAGUUGACACGUGCUGCGACUUCUAAUUAGGUCAAAUGAUAUCCUUGCAACUUUAUAUACAAUUGUUAGUCGUGCCGGUUCUUUAUGUUGGCGAGUUGAGGUUAAUUGAAUGACUGUACUUAGAUUUGGUACGUUUGGUCGGGGGACGCAGCAUAUAUCGAUGGCGCGCCUUUCUAGUGUUCUAGCUAUAAAAUGUCUGUGUUCCUAUUUGUUGGGGUGAUCUCGGAAACUGGGAAAGAUGCCAAGAAAUGCUCUGAAGACACCUAGACGUAUCUUAUCUAAUCUGCGUUCACUAGAAGGUUUGCGAGAAUCAUCUUGAAAGUGAAAAUUCACCUGUCGAGUUUCUCAUCGGAUGAUUACUCAUGUUACUACUAUGUUCUGUAGCAUUCCAGGAUUUUCUGAAAACGCAAGGACAUCUCAAAUGCUAUAAAAUCAAUAGAUUUUCUGUAUAUAAACGAACCUUUGGAGUAAAGCGUUUUCUUCCAUAUUUCUCGCCUUUUUGUCUCCUGGUCAAGUCUCUGUGUCGAUUUAGGCUGGGGGUACUAGAAAAGCUUAGGAACUGAAUCUAGCGUUUAAUUUGAAGACUUAUCAGUCGCAACGGUGAAAACCACAUUGAAUAUCUCUUCGAACCAAGUAGAAACUUAUAUUGAGGGUUAAGGGAAGCGGUUUGAACACUCUCGAAUCUGAAUCAUGGAAGCCCUUAUGCUGAAAUUUUGCCUGUCCCAGCCAAACCCUGUUUCUGGUGAAUUACAAGUAUCUCAUACUUUUUUAGUCAUUAAUGCAAUCUAUGAAUUUAAUUUUGAUGGUGUAGCAGGUGUUACUUUUGACUCUUGGUCUAAGAAAUAUAAAGAUUUGUUCCAUAUUGAGCUCUGCAGACUAGAUCGCGUCUCAAAAGUCAAAAUACUUCGAAGAAAACUUGGGACGACGGAAUGUGAACGCUAUAGUAAUUUUAUUUUGCCGAAGAACUCACGAGACUUUGAUCUAACGAAUAAAACCCUGUUUAGAUCUUUGGAGAACAGUCAUAUCUAUUUAGCAUCCGUUAUCAAUGCUUGAGGAUAACGAGAGAACCAGAUGAUUGGGUGAAACAUUCAGGUAUUGUAGACCGAAAAUGUGAGAGGUUCAAGUUGUCUUCCAUGACAGAAGACCAGUUUAAAUGGCUAGUAUUUGUCUAUAGCCUGCGUUCACCCGAGGAUGCUAACAUCUGAACGAGAAUUCUAAGCAAGCUCGAACAUCGCCUCAGCAUGACCCUACAGGGAGUAACUACCGAAUACCAAACGUUAGUGAAGCUUGAUACCUCAGUGGUAGGUAGAGAACGGUAACCGGUUCCUUCACACUAACGCAGUCAAGAGAAGAGUCUUAUGAAGUUCUAGCACGCAGAAUUAUCGUAAUGACAGUGGCAAAUCAUCAUUCCCAUGCAGGUUGUGGCGGUUCGCAUAUCAAAAGGUCUUGUCCGUCUGAAAAUCAUCGUUGUACUACGUGUUCCUGAAAACGGCACAAAGAAAGUCAUUGCAACACCCGGAAAUGCCGUCGACCGAAAGUACAUUCUAAAAGAUUCAAGCUGCGAACAUCUAAAGUAGUUAUUAACAGAACCAGCUCCCAAAACCGUACGAAGUAUGUUUCUCUCCAGAUUAAUGGGUAUGAUGCCCGCUUACAGUUAGACACCGAUUCCGAUAUAACACUUAUAAGCAGAAAAACGUGGGGGAGGGCGACCGCGAAUAUAUUUAACUCAUCAAUCAGGACAUAGUGCAUCCCAGGGAAAUUCUAAACAUUGCUGGUGAGAUUCAUAGCGAAGUCACAGUCAAAGAGUCUACGGAGAAGGGAGCAAUAUUUAUCACAGAACGUCCAUCACUCGGCAUAUUGGGGCUUCAUUGGAUAGAAAGGUUGAAUUUAACAGAUUGCCCCAUAAACUCGGUCUGUAAUAACGUCAGUACGUAGAAAUUUGAGGAGAGAAACUCAGUUGAAAUGUUAUCGAAACGACAUAACAUGGUAUUUGGUGAGGGUCUUGGAGAAUGCACUAAAUUUAAAGCUGCUCUUAACUUUCCCUAUGGAUCAAAGCCUGUAUUUCAACCUAAAAGACCUUUACCAUAUGCUGCCCUCUCAGUGGUUGAACAUGAGCUCGAACGACUUCAUAAAUUGAUUGUCGUUGAACCGGUGAAUUUCUCAGAAUGGGCUGUACCGAUAGUGGCGGUGAAGAAGACUGAUGGUAGUGUCCGUUGAUGUGCCGAUUGCUCAACGGGCUAAAUGAAGCCCUAGAAACUCAUCAGUAUCCAUUACCCCUGCCUGAAGAUCUUUUUGCUAAACUCAGUGGAGGUGAGCUCUUUACAAAGCUGAAUUUGUCGGAAGCUUAUUUACAAAUUCUUGUUCCUGAUGAAUGUAAAAAGCUGCUCACCAUAAACACACACAAGGGCCUAUUCCGGUAUAACCGACUACCUUUCGGAGUCAAGACGGCCCCAUCCAUAUUUCAGCAAGUAAUGGAUGCUAUGCUACAGGAUGUUCCAGGUGCUGCAGCUUAUCUGGAUCAUAUAAUAAUUAUGAGAGUAAAUAGAAUAGAUUUAGAAAAGAAGCUCGACCAGGUGCUGUCGCGAAUAGCAGAAUAUGGACUUCGGCUCCGUCCAGAGAAAUGUAACUUUUGUAUGCAAAAUGUACGCUACCUCGGAUUUAUAAUCGACCAAGUUGGCAAAAGACUAGAUCCAGAGAGUACCCAGGCAGUGAAAACUAUGCCUAGACAGACGGGCGUCCCCACACUACGAUCCUUUUUGGGACUAAUUAGUCAUUAUGAAGCUUUUAUUCCUAACCUUCGUCACUUACGUACUCCUUUGAAUAACCUUGUGGCGAAGAAUGUAAAACGGGAUUAGUCUGCAAACUGCCAAGUUGCUUUCGAGGUAAUCAAGAAAAUACUAGUCUCGGAUCUGUUGCUCACUCAUUACGAUCCAUCUUUACCCAUUGUAUUAGCAUCAGAUGCUUCGAACUACGGCAUAGGAGCAAAUAUUUCUCACAUCAUGCCAGAUGGAUCUGAGAAAGCCAUAUCACAUGCGGCCAGAUCGUCAACUACAGUCAGAUCGAGAACGUAGGAUUGUCGAUUAUCUUCGCUGUAAAGGCGUUUCACAAGAUGAUAUUUGCACGCCAGUUCACUCUAUUAAUUGACCAUAAACCAUCGCUAGCCAUUUUGGGUCGAAGAAAGUUAUCCCGGUAUACACAGCAAACAGACUGCAACGGUGGGAAACUACACUCUUGGGUUAUGACUUCAAGAUCAAGUACCAGCUCACUACUGAUUUUGGACAAGCUGAUACUUUGUCUAGACUGAUUGGUUCACAAGUAAAACUGGAAGAAGAUACGUUAGUGGCAGCAACUGACACGGAAACAGAAGUGCAUCAAGUAUUGGAAGACACAGUUGGUGGUGUACCAGUUUCAAAAUUAUCAAAGAAGUCACGGGAAUGACAAGAUAUUAAGAGAAGUUAGAGGUUACGUUAUCACCAAGUAGCCGGACCGUCUUUUUCGAAGAGAAGUGCUGCAGUAUUUUCGCCGGCGGGACUCACUCAUGAUGGUUGAUCCAUGUGACAGAAUUGUUGUUCCAAAAAUAUUAUGCCACAAGGUUCUGAGACAAUUCCACAGAAGUCAUCCUGGCAUCAAUAUGAUGAAAGUGUUUGUUCGAAACUAUGCUUACUAGCCUACAAUGGAUCAAAAUAUCGAAACCAGGUGCCGCAAUUGUUCGUUGUGUUUGCAAGCAGCUAAAAGUCAAAAGAAGUGUGUCACAACAAUGGGAAAAACCUAAUAGUCUCUGGGAGAGGUUGCACGCAGAUUUUGCCAGCCCAAUACGAGGAAGAAUGUUUUUAGUCACAGUGGACGCACCCACAAAAUGGCUACAAAUCUAUGUCAUGGCCAAUUGCACAACCAGUGAAACAGUCUGCAAGUUAUCUGAACUAUUUAUUUGCUUUGGAGUUCCGGAGACUAGUGACCGAUAAUGGCUCACAAUUCACUGCAGAAUCAUUCAAGCCCCUUUGCAACAUUAAUGGAAUUGUACAUAUACGCUCUCCAUCCUAUCACAUUCGAUCAAAUGGAUAGGCAGAGGGCUUCGCGGACACACUCAAAAGAUCGCUACUGAAAGGGGAAGGCGAGGAGACAAGCCAGGUAAUUACGAAAUUCUUAGCAAUUUAUAAAACUACGCCUAACCCUAUCGUCCCAGAUGGGAAGUCCCCUGCUGAAGCGAUGUUCGUAAGAAGUAUCCAAUCUAUAUUCGACGCCAUGUUGCCACCUAAACCAAUGGAUGUGCUCAGACAAGAUCAGAAUAUCCGGAAUUUUAACGUGGGUGGUAAAAGUAGUCGUCAAGUCAUACAUUAGAAAAAGUCUCUGGGAACCGGUAGUCAUUAAAAAGAGAAUGGGAAAUGUUUUGUACAAAGUGCAUGGGAUUUUCGCAACGUGGAUUAGACACAUCAAUCGUUUGCAAUGGCGCAGGUGCAUACACUCUUUGUGUUCUCCCAAAUUUUGAUCUCCUUAUUCCUCCUUGUCUCUUUAUUUUUCUCUUCCCGAAUUUAUUUCACUGGAUUAUACUCUUUAAAUAACAUCUCCAAACACUAAUCUUCUCGAUUACUGCUUAUACUCUUAUUACCUCUACCACUACGGGAUUUGAAUCGACCACUACAUCCCUGUGCUAAUGUGGUGUGGCAACUCGAACUGCUGUGCGUACGUACGAAGUUCUACGUUGUUACUGACUGACUGACUGACAUCAAUCAAAUACACAAAGGAAAAAGGACGCUAAACACUGUAGAUAGUCGAAGAAGAAGACUUAUCACUACCUGACAAAAGGUUCGAACAUGUUUACAAGAAACCAGGAAUAGCAUUUCGUGAACUAAAAUCAUUGGUGGCCCUCGCGCGUCGUAAUAACUCAAUGUGGCAGUUCCUACUGGAACUCAUACCAUUUCAGACAGCCUGGUUGGGCAGGAGUAAUGCUUAAAGCAGCAGAUCGAGGUCUUGUUGCAGAGUGUACGGGAAUCCGACGGCAAUAAAUCCUGUUCUUAAGACAUUUACGAACUGCUAUUACAAACCUGAAAGCGCUCUCUAAACUGCAGUUUUAAGCGUUUAGAGACCGAACCUUGUACCAACUCGAACAAUAGGAUUUUUUGGCGAAGACUGUUAUCUCUAGACUUUUGAUGUAAGCUAUGUCACCGGGAUACAUACAGGUUCUAUUUUGAUCAAUAGUGUGACAAUCUAGCCAGUAUAGAGAGGUACCGCCGUAUACUCUUUCUACAACUUAAGACGCGAUAACAACUUUCAGACUUGGCAGUAUGUGUGAAAACACUAGACACUCCUUGAUUUAUUUCCUGUUGAUGUUUGCUUGUAUUUUGCUUGAAUAUACAGUGUAAUUAGAACUAAGUAUUUAGUCGAUUAUAGGAAAAAGGUUCAUCUCAAAGAAACUUGAAACGAUACUCAAACAGAUUUAAAUGCAGAUAUGAUAUCAGUCACAAUCGAAAGAUUAGGAAAGGUGAUUGGAUUUACGAAACUCCUACUUGAUUAAUGACUACGCACGAAUUUAUCGGAUUUUAAGAAAAAUGAAGAGGGAAGACAAAUUAAACGAAAACUAAUGAUCGUAAGGAGGAAUCUCUAAUGAAAGCAAGAUAGAUGGAAAAGACAAUUGUGAUAGGUAAUACUGGACAACUAUACCGACUCAUCAAGAAAACGGCUUAUAAAAAAUCAAUAGUUAGUGAGAUUGAAGAAGAUAGAACCAUGAUCUACUCUCAGUUCAAGAGAUUAUAACGAUGAACAGAACACUAACGAUCAGUUCAACGGAACUCCAGUUACCCAUUAUUUCCAAGCAACCAGAAUGGGGAGUUGACACGUGCUCAAACGUCUAGCUAGGCCAAAAGAAUUCGUAUAGAGUUUGAAAAGACAGCAGGAUCCAUUGGGUUUUGAAAAUUUAUUUUAUUGAAGAGUACUUUAGUUUUAGCAGUUAUGUUUCCUACUAUAUUUUCUAGAGUUUGGCAGUCAAAUGAAUGCCAUUGUACUUCUAUGAGAUCGAAUUAUUGCAUUACAUAUUUCUUAUGAUCAAUAGGUAAUUGCUACAUUUGUCAUAUUCAUUAUUAUAGGCUAAGCUUCUGGAGAAUUCAGCGAAAGGAGAUCAAGAUUGUGUUUUGUUGUUGGAUUCAUUUGACGGUCGAGAUCGUAUUGCGAUACAUCUGGCAAAUGCAUUACUGAUAGCUAAUAAAAAUCUAUCAACUAUCGACUCGUCAAAUCCUUCUGCUCCUACCUGGGUAGUAUGGGUUCUACCCAAAACAGAAUGUUCCUCAGCUAACUCGAUUUCUGUAUUUGGAUCUCAGUAAGUGUGUUUCUAAAAGUAUCUCAGUGUGAAUUCCAUAGUAAUAUUUUGAAUGGUAUUCUUAUUUUGGAAAGAUAGGUAUCUACAAUUGGGAAUGUAAAACUAUGAAUCUUAUAAAAGUGUGAGAUAUUUUCUGCCUACUAUAAAUGUCGGCAAGUAUUUCUUUAGUGUUGGUGGCUUAAUGGUGACCCCCGAAAUGCCGUGGUGCGGCUGAGGUUACGAAGAGUUAGCUCCACUUCUCCAAAUGCUCUCACAUGGCUCGCGUUUACAACCACUGCCAGGGAACUCCUACUCAGUGACGAGGUUGUUGUUCACUAAGUUGAGAGUACGCAAAGCGAAUGUCCGGCGCUUUAACCGGGUUGACGGAGAUCGAGGUUUUACCUGCAUCUGUUUAGGCGCCCGGACAGUAUUAUAACCCACACGCAGAUCAAGUCACUUAUGUAGACAUAUGAAUUCGUUGCUUCUUAUUACCAACAUCUAUGUGUUCAAAUAAAUAAUAAUAAAUGUGUUAACUAGUUUUAACUCUGCUUAAUGUCGAGAAUGAAGGAUUUUCUUCAUUCUGAAUCUUGUCUUUCUAAAUUUACUUCUGUGGUUCAUAAUUUUGUGUGCAGCGUGUUGUUGAUGAAACCUUCUUACUUACCUUUUGACGAAUUAUUUAGUUUGAUUAUUGUGCUUCUUGUGUCAGUACUUGGUGAAAACACUGAUUGUAUUCCUAUUCCAAUUUCUAAUUUGAAGUCUUAAUUCUUGCUACUCACACUAAUCGAUAACCCUGUUAUGAAACUUGUAAAUUGUCGAUUUAAUUUGAAGUUUAUACAGCUCUACAAGAUUAUUAGGUGUUUUCUUCAUGUACCUAAUAUAUUUUUUGGCUCGGGUCAAGAUUUCACGUGAUUACUCUCCAAUAUAGAAGCCAUCACAAUUGACAGAUCCUAAUUUGCAGACUCAGUUCUGUGUUGACAUAAAUGGGAGUUUUUCUUUUGAGUAAACUAAAGUAUUUCGAAGUGUGUUCGUUGUUUUGUAAUUUAAUUUACUUCUGUGUUGUUUUAAAAUUCUUUGGAGUUCUUCUGUUGUACCAUGACGGUAUGGUAAAACUGCAGUACCAAUCCAUAGUAUUUCAUUCGAAUUAUUAUUAAGCAGUGAAACGUCUCGUUUUAAUACAUUUCUAAUAAUUUUCCUAUGAAAAUUAUUAAAUUUUAAGAUGUUAAUUACAUUCUUUUGUUCUUUUUGUUUAUAGUCUUCCAUUAUGAUAAUCUCGUUAACUCUUCUAAAAAGAUUUAGGGCUAGUGAGAUCUUUGCACUGUAUGAAUGUGCUGAAUUUAAGUCAAUAUAACGAUUUGAGUAUGUACGUUCUCGGUAGAUGGAUAGAUUUAGAAUUACAUUAUUUAAAUUCACCGAAACACCGUCAAACCAAAAAUUUAGAAAAGGUCAAAGAAGAAAAUAUAUGAAAACGUCAGUAAUAAAAUCUAGUUCGCUUAUAAAUCACCUUGACUGAAAUGACACGACAUUGACUUGUUCAGACCUGUUUUGGAUUGAUCGCACAUUAUAUUAUUGCGUUGUUCCUUUGUGUUAUUUAAACUUGGAUUAAUUUUGACUUGGUUAUUUAUUCUCUGAGGCAAUGGCUUACAAUGAGUCACGAAACGUCAGAAAAUCUUAUUUCUCUGCUCAUUGGGAUAUUACAAAUCUGUUAAUUUAUUUAAAAGAUUUAUCAGUUAUACAAGUUAUGAAUAACUACUAAUUAUUGAUAUGCGAUGGAGAAGAAAGGGAAUUAGUUUUUUCCACUAUUUUUAUUCUUAGUACCACAUCCCGAUAUUCAGUAUCAUUCAAAUACAAUGACAAAAGCCAUUCGAAUUUAAUUCUCAAAACUUUGUGUGCUAAAUAUGUGUAGGUUCUUUCUCUAUGUCUAUAUUUUUCUAAAAAUAAUCGUACAUUACUACCUUAGUUGUUAUAUUUUUGCGCAAGUUAUUCACCUUUCAUCACACUCUUAACUACUCCAAUAAAGUUGCGGUCGAUUAUUCGAUAAAUUUGGCUAAAGUGAUAAAUAAUCGAUAAAUAAUACAGAAUGAUACGAUGCCAUCAUCGGCUAAUAACUUCAUAGAAAAUAAUUACCGGCAACCUCUUUCUCUGAAUGAACUAACAUCGAAAGUUAUGGGUUGCUAGCGAAAUCAGUUUUCCCUUUAUUAAUAUCGGAUGCUUACUUACGAAAUAUUCAAUAAAAAUAUAUAAUUAUUUAGUAAUCUUACUUAUUUACGCCUGUUACUCCUCGUCGAUGAGGACAGGCCGCCCACCAGCACUCUCCAUCCAACCCUGUCCUGACCAAUCCUUUCCAGUUGUUAUUUAUCGUUUUCUUGUCUGCUUCCAAUUCCCGACAGUGUGUUCUUUAACCUUCCUCUUUUCUGUUUCCUUUGGGAUCCCAGGUUAGCGCUUUCCUCAUGAUGCAGUUUGAUGAUUUCCAUAAUGUAUGUUCUAUCCACUUCCAGCGUCUUUUCCUGAUUUCCUCUUCACUUGGAAUCUGGUUUGUCCUCUCCUGCAGUACACUGUUCCUGAUGGUAUCCCUCAACGUAUAUUGAGUAUCUUGUGUGGACAACUAUUUAUAAAUAUUUGUAUCUACUUGAUGAUGGUUGUAGUAGUAGUUCUCUACGUUUCUUCUCCGUACAGUAGGAAUGUCUUGCUAAAAAACGCCAACCAGAUUAAAUUAAUAAGUGGUUGAGAAAUAUUAGUUUUGUAGAUCACCUAGUUAGUAGGACUCUUGGUUUUCUUUUCUCACGUUACAUUACCUAUAGGAAAAGGUGACAUCAUCCACAUGUGGCGUAGGAAUAAAUUUCGUUAGAACGACAGGAUGAAUAGCAGAAAAGAUCAAAAUAAUAUGGUAACAGGGAUAAUCAUAAAGAAUGAACAUUAGGAAUAUGGUUCGAAAAAAAAUUGGGGAGGUAUUAACGAAGGAAUACUGGAUUUCAAGGUCAAGAAGAAGACAAAGAGUGAAUGCAUCUUUGCUAUUAUGAGCUAUAUCACCCAAAGUCUUCAGCUACUGAUCGUGGUUAUCAUAUGCACUUCAAAAUUGUCCAUAUUUAUUCUAAUUAUAAAUGUUGCAGUUUUAUUUGAAUUCAUCAUUGUAGUAGGACAUUAUUUAAAUUUAUUGCAUAGAAUAUUUUCUAUUCACUUAUUUAUAUUUUAAUUCAUUCAAUUGUAUUUGAAUAACAUCAAGUAAAUUCUACAUUUUUAUAUGUUCAUGUUGUAUAUUAAAGAAAAUUUCACCAAGUUUCUAUUUUCAUUAUAGAUCAGAUAAUGACAAUAAUACAUCUCAACGUCCUUUAAAAAUUGCCUACUUACCUUGUGAUGUAAAAAAAUUAACACAAGUUGAUUUGAUACUUACAACCUCUGGUAGGAUUUCUUAAUUUGUUUUGCUUUUGUUACCAUGAUAUUAUAUUAUUGUAAUAAUAAUAAUAAUAAUAAUAAUAAUAAUAAUAAUAAUAAUAAUAAUAAUAAUAAUAGUAAUAAUAAUAAUACUGUUCAAUAAAUAGCUGUUGGCUCAUGAAUUCAACUUCGAGCCACACAUUUUUGUAUAAACUGGCCAGACAUACUGUUUAGUUGUUCUCUCAAUUAGAAAAGUAGAUGAUAUUAUGGUAUUGUUAUAAUUUCUCUUAUUUACGACCCAGUUAUUUAUGUUGCUUAGUAUUUUUGGACACCAAUUCACUCGACAAGUCCCCAAAUCAGAACACGGUUGAACAGGAACGAAAUUAUAUUUCAAAUAACAAGGGUAUGACUUCGCCCUUGGACUUUUGGUUUGCUACUUUUAGUCUUAUCGCUCUUCAACAGACCUCUCUGGACCUUGAGGAACAAUUGUCCCAGUAUGUAUGGCACUGUUGAUUUAUCAUGAUAGGCAAGCCUGACCACUCUGUCAAGGUAACGGAAACGAUCGGAAUUGUCAGGUUAGGUAAACAUUGUAAUUUGUACGCGCUAUCAAAUAAGAUAUCUUAUAAUUGCCAACAAGUACAAUUCCUUUUUUUUCACAAUAUCAGCAAAUAUCUGAUAAAAAGUUGAAAAAAUAAAACUGAUAAAAAGCUAUUAUUCAUUAUCUGUGACUACAAACUUCUAGAUAUUCAUACAUAGAAAAUCCAUAUUUAUGUUUUAUCUCAUCAUAGUAUUUAUUUACUUGAAUAAAUUUCAAUCCGUAUUAGAGAUGUUAGUUAAGUGGAAUUGUACAAAAUACUUCCACAAUUUAGAAUCCAGUCAACACUGAAUUUAUAAUUAUUCACGAGAGUACACUUGUCCUAUUGAUUUUGUCGAAACCACUCACUUCAUAUUCAGUAUUUGCAACAGUUGUUUCAAACUAUACAAGGUCAAUUAUAGUUUCUUUACUCAUACGGGUUUGGGUGAACGUCUGCAUUUUAGUUCUUUGACUCGAGUCUAAUUAGAGUGUGUAGUCGAUGGAAACAGCCUUCACUCAAUGUAAAAAUUAGUAUACUCAGUUUGUCUCAUGUAAAACGGUACAUCUAAAAGACAAUUCUAAAGGCUGAACAAAUCUAAGUGCGAUAUAGAAAUUACUCAUGAUAGAACUUUAAUUGUGUAAUAUAGUACAAUCCAUCUCUUCCAACCGUAGUUUUUCUCCAAUCUCCAUUAUAUAUGGGAUAUAUCACUAUGAUCGUGUUUGUUUAUAUAAAAAAUGGAAAAAAUGAUAUUGCGAAUAAGCAUUUAUCAGUGCAAAUACAAAUCGAAACUCUUUCGGUGAAAACAGUCUAUCUAUCUAAUUUCAUAUGUACAGCUAACGAGUAAAAAUUUACAAUAAUCUAGUCCUACAUGGAGCUCUACAGUUACUCUCUCACAAGUCUGACGUGAUAAAUAUUGUGCAUCGUGCAGCUGGUUAACUGUUCCUCUGAGAUAUCACAGAUAAACGCUGUAAAAAAGGUAAUCGAUUCAGCUCAUGAAUGUGAAAAACUUCAGGCAGGUUAUAAUAUAGAUUUAAAGCAUCACUCAUCUCCUACUGUAAAACACGACAUUAGGCAAGAGGUGUGUAUUUAUACAAUACAUUAUACAUAGCCUUCAAUCUUCCACUUGCAUUUUACGGCGUGUUCUGACAUCUGAACUGUCUUCUUGUGGGGUUUCCAAGUAUCUCGUCCCCACUGUGCUUUCCAUGCACUGAAAUCCUCUACUUCAUUUGACAGUCGUCGCAUAUUCGACUUCACGUUCCGCUACAUACUACUUUCAAACAACCUUGUCAGCAGCGCCACUAUCUACACGAAGGAACGUUUGUUCUAGAAUGAAUAAUAACAAGCACUUCAUAAAAUUGAAUCUAACCAGUUUGUGUGUGUAAAAGGAAGUAAUUUAUUUAUUGAAGAAUGCACAAUUGUUUUAUAUACCUAUGAAAGUAUAUAUCCAUAUUAAAGAUUAUAUUUCGUUAAGAGGAUGAUUGUAAUCGUUUUCUCCUCAUUAAGUAAUGGACAUCCUAACUUUCAUAACACAAAAAGUUGUGAUGCAUUCAAGUAAACAAAAUAUACCUAAUAAUAAAUGAGUUGUAUUGUUUUACGUCCCUCUUCAACACAGAUUUGUUUGUUGAGCACUUAUCAAUUCUACUAAUGAAACAAGCAUUUAUUUGUGGCAUAAUUAUUCAUGAUGUCGAUGUAGCGUUAAAAAAUGAAGAGUUUUGCAAGCUUCUUCAUCGUUAUCGUCAAGAUUAUACAAACCAACAUAAUCGAGGCCGAAUCAUAUGUUUUGGUCGAAUGAAAGUAGAGGAAGACAGCGUUUUUUCGUCGUUCACACAGUACGGUUAAAAAAAGGCACAAAUUCUUAAGCAAAUGAAAUAUACAUAGAAAUGUUUAACAGAUUAUUUUAAUCAUAAGAGAAUAAAUAUUUGAACGAUAUAGAUCUGAACCUCUUUUCAAUUUGCUAUUAUUUGCAAACUAUUAUCAUCAAACAGAUACAUACUAAUUACAUUUAUUUUCCAUUUUCUUUUUUACUUGUUUCCCGGAAAAAAUAAAAUUGUUAAAUAUC